AUGCUCUUUUCAUCCCUCGCCGUUGCUGUCCUCUCGGCGAUGGCCAUGGCCAACCCUGUCCUCGAGAAGCGCGGUGUCUCCAACUGCGCUGCCGAUGGCAGCACCUGUCAAUACACUGGGUGCUGGACCGAGACGACCGGCUCCAGGUGGUGCAGCCCUUCAAACGGCAAUAGCCCCAUGACAUUUUCGGUUAAGAAUGUCCUGUUCGACACCAACAUGGACGUCAAGAAGCGCAUGGUCCUUGGCCAGGGUAUUCCGUCCGCCACCGUGUUCAAGGUUAUUGGCCAGCCCAAGCUGACCACGGGCGCAAAGUACGGCAACGAGGUCAAGGAAGUUAUGGCCAACCUUGCCAGGCUUUCAGCACCGACUGCCAUUGAGAUGAGGAACAUCAUUGGCUGGGGUGUCGAGCUUGGCACUGCCAGCGGCAUUGGUGGUGGUCAGUACUGGGCCGGCGGCGGUCGCGACAAGCAGGGCCAAGUCAAGUUUUCCGAGGCCGAUUGGCCCAAGUGGAACGCCGACACUCGAAUCGGUUUUAUGGCUCACGAAUGUGGCCACGCCAUCUUUGACCGUGGUGGCUACUUGUCCGUCCUCAACCAGAAGCUCAAGGAGCGUGGCAUCGACAACACGGCCACGUACGGCAACAUUGGUGGUAUGGUCAACGAGCCCUUUGCCGGCAUCCUCGCGCACCGCGCGUGGCUGUACAAGCACUAUGACAACCCGGACAAGAAGUCGGACGACUGGAAGCAGCUUGUGUGGGCGCGCGACAUCACCAGCCUCUUUGUCCCCAACACUUUCUACUGGAACAACUACAAGCUCACCUCCAAGGCCAUGGAGGCUCUCCCCAAGCUCGUCGACAUUGGCCUCAAGGACCUCCUGGCCCGCUUCGCCCAAGAGUACGGCCUCCAGAAGGACAAGUAUCUGUUCCUUCCCGCCAACACCCCGCUCUGA